CCAUAUUGGGCAAGAAUUCAUUUUCUACUUCGAUUCCGCUCCCAUUCUGCAAUUUCAACUGCAGCUAUAAUGGCGUCAUUUUCCAAAUUCGAGUACACAGAUUGUAGAACACACAAAUUUGAUGCUCCCUACAGGCAAACCUACGAUUUUUCCGCGAAGAAGCCUACAGACCAUCUGUACAUAAGGGGAAAAUUAUGUUCAUCUCACAAUGCAAGAAGUUUAGUAUCUCAGUGCAAGCUGCUUAAGCCGAUCGUUUUUUCUGGCUCUCCUUCUGCAAUCACCUCAAGGAAGCUCCAAAUUCUGUGCAAAGCUGCAAAUGAUGUCUCUGGAGAUAUCCCUGAUGGUAAUUCUCCAAGUGGAAUGAGUCUGUACGAAAGAACUAUUGAAACUUUAACCACACUUUUUCCUCUGUGGGUUAUCCUUGGAACCAUUAUCGGCAUCUACAAACCUGCUGCAGUAACUUGGUUGGAGACUGAUCUUUUUACCCUGGGAUUGGGUUUUCUUAUGCUUUCGAUGGGAUUGACAUUGACAUUUGAGGAUUUCAGGCGUUGUUUGAGAAAUCCAUGGACUGUAGGUGUAGGAUUUCUUGCCCAGUACUUAAUUAAACCUCUGCUUGGCUUUACUAUCUCCAUGACUCUCAAACUGUCUGCACCUCUUGCAACUGGUCUUAUUUUGGUCUCAUGCUGCCCUGGGGGACAGGCAUCCAAUGUUGCUACUUAUAUAUCUAAAGGAAAUGUCGCACUUUCGGUUCUUAUGACAACGUGUUCAACUAUUGGUGCUAUUGUCAUGACGCCAUUGCUUACCAAGCUUCUUGCUGGCCAACUAGUCCCAGUUGAUGCUGCUGGUCUUGCUAUCAGCACUUUUCAGGUGGUCUUGGUUCCAACUGUAAUUGGAGUUUUAGCUAAUGAAUUCUUCCCCAAAUUCACUGCAAAGAUAAUCACAGUGACACCUUUAAUUGGAGUUAUCCUCACAACUCUCCUGUGUGCCAGCCCUAUCGGGCAAGUAGCAGAAGUUUUGAAAACUCAAGGAGCGCAGCUAUUGCUCCCAGUAGCCGUCCUCCAUGGUGCUGCAUUUGCUCUGGGUUAUUGGCUUUCAAAAAUAUCAUUUGGAGAAUCCACCUCCCGCACGAUUUCAAUAGAAUGUGGGAUGCAGAGCUCUGCACUCGGGUUUUUACUUGCUCAAAAGCAUUUCACAAACCCCCUCGUCGCCGUUCCAUCGGCAGUUAGCGUCGUUUGUAUGGCGCUUGGUGGCAGUGCUCUUGCAGUCUUCUGGAGGAACAUGCCAAUUCCGGCCGACGACAAAGAUGAUUUCCAAGAAUGAAAAAGGAAGAAGAAGUAGUUCAAGUUCUAGAUAUUUGCUAGCUUACUUGUAUCGAUUUGUUUGAAAAUGAUGACACAGUUUUUGGAUUUGAUCAGUGCCAUGGCCCAUUUAUUUGUGUUGAGAGUUGUAGUAAUAAAAUUUCGAUCUUUGAAUGCUUUAACAAUCCUUCCAUUUUUCCUUGAA